UUGAUUAUGGGUUUUUGUAAAUUUGUGGCGCAGGUGUGAAGUAUGGAGGAUAGUGUGACAUUGAUUUUGGGGGAAUGGAGCUGUUCUGACACAGGGGAAUGGAGAUUCGUUGUGCGUAAUGGGGAAAUGGCGCGAUGUGUUGCUGUGAAGAAAGAUUCAAGUUUUUCAGACCUGGAAAGGGAAGUAGAAAGGGUAUUCGGAGUUAAGAGGACAGAAACUAGCAUUGUUUUGAGUUUCUGGUUCGCUGGUGAAACGACGGUGUUUACACAAACAAAAAUGCCACCGGUGUUGAUAAAGAGCGAUGUUGAGUAUGCGUUAUUCAAGGAAAAGAAAAGAGAGAGCUUUGGGUUACACAUGUAUGUGACAUUGAAAAAGUUGGGUUGUGAUAUUGAAGAAAGCAUGGAGGAGGAACAUGCUAAUGGAUAUUGCGGUGGAGAUGGUUUGUAUGAAAUAGACAUUGAUGAAGUGGAGGAAAUGAUAAGUGAUACACAGCUUCUGGCUUAUGUAGAAGAGAUAGAAGCGGCGCAUAAAGAAAGGAUGGUGGAGGUUGGAGGAGGCCGUGGACAAAUUAUGGCAGGACAAAAAAGGAGUGGACCAGAAAGCUCCUCGCCAGGGUUGGUAGACAAAAACCUUUUGAGAGAUGUUAUUGUUGGUGGACAAACUGCACUUGUGGGGGGGUGUGAUAAGGGGAAGGCUAUUGUUAUAUUGGAGGAUAAUGAAGUUAAUGGAUCUGUUAGUGUUGAUGUUGGAGAAAUCCUGAGAGACGAAAAUGAAGAAAACCUGAUGGACAUGUCAAGUAAUUAUGAUGAGGAGCCCGAUUACAAUUUUGACGAGUGGACCGAGAGAAUAAACAAUGAUUAUCCACCUGAUUGGGAUCCUUACAAUGGUCUUGGUGAAAAAGAAGUAGAAGACGUGGCAUUAGGAGUUAUGGGCGAAAUGGGUGUGUAUGAGGUUGGAGGACCAUCUGGAGAGCAUGAAAGAGAGGUAGGAGAGCAGAUUACGGAGCGACAGUCAUUGGUAGAUGAAAUUGUACCAAUAGGGUUUUCUCUCGGUUUAGAAGAAGAAAUUGGUGUACUUGGAAGAGAAGAUGAGAAUGUAGGAGAACAAGCUAUAAUAAGUAGCUUCAUGGAGGAGGAUAUGUUUGGGGUCAUUGAUGUCAACGAUCCAUUAUUGUUGAAUGAUGCACCACCGGUACAUGAUAACAUGAGAGGAGCACCAAGCGAUGAGAGAAACAUGGAUUUAAAAAGGGCUAGUGAUGCAAUUUAUAUUGGCAGAAUUUUUGCUAACAAGGCGGAGCUACACAAAUUUCUGUCAGUUUAUGCGAUGCAGCGACUGUUUAGUUUUAGGGUGUUAAAGUCUGACAAAGGGAGAGCCAUUGUGAGGUGCGUGGACAAGAAGUGCGAUUGGAGAAUAUAUGCCGUAAACCACAAAGACUCUGAAAAUUUGGAAAUUAGAACAGCUAGAUUGAAGCAUACUUGUGAUGUGUCCUAUAGGUCUAGGUAUAGCGAGAAGGCGACGGCGAAGAUAUUAGCAGAUUUGCUGUGCUCAAAAUAUGCUAAUGGGAAGAAAGGGCCAAGGGCAUGUGAGCUACCUGAGAUGGUAUUAGCGGAAUUGAACGUCACUAUAUCUUACAUGAAAGCUUGGAACACAAAAGAAUUGGCAAUUGCAGCAGCUCGUGGGAAUGAAGAAGAGAGCUACAAGUUUUUGGCGACAAAUGUGAAGCACAAGUUCUCUAAUGAAGGUCUAGCCGGUAUAGUCUCCAAAGCAGCUAGGGCAUUUACGGUUGGUGAUUUUCGAUGGUGGUGGAGGGAAAUAGAGAGUCGUAAGCCUGCUUGUGCUUCAUAUCUUUUGAACAUUGGACUACCACAUUGGACACUUUCUCACUUCCCCGGUAUGCGUUACAAUAUAAUGAGUAGUAACAUAUCAGAGUCAUUGAACGCAGCACUACAAAAAGCGGUGGAUUACCCCAUUGUUUCGAUGGUAGAAUUCAUAAGAGCAAUGUUGAUGAGGUGGUUUUGGUGUAGGAGGACAGUAGCUAGGAAGGCUAAAACUAGGUGUACACCAGAAAUAGAGGAACUCUUGAUUGACCACUUCAAAGAGUCCGUGGAUUGCGCCGUAUUGUCGGCUAGUGAUUGGAUUUAUCAAGUCAACGAUGGGAAUGGUAUAGUGUUCACAGUGGAUUUGGAAAAGAAAUCAUGCACAUGUAGGGUGUUUGACGUGUUGCAGGUGCCAUGCUCACACGCAUUGGCUGCAGUAAAAGUGAGGGAUGUGGAUAUCUACUCAUUGGUAGGGGAGUGGUAUUUUGUGGAGCCUUGGAUGAAAAAAUACGAACAAAUUGUGAUGCCGGUGCCAAAAGAGAGAGACUCGGAUGUGCCUGAGGAAAUACAAGAGGUAGUACUGAACCCACCGAAGACAAAAAGAGGAGGAGGAAGGCCAAGAAAAGUAAGGAUUCCAUCGCAAGGAGAAAAACACAGAGUAAGGACAUUUUUGAUCUGAAAGUAUUUUAGUGGACAAAAUAUGAAAACGUAUUAACAUGUCCAUCUUAACUAUGU